AUGUUAAUGAAAUUACAUUCAUACGCCUUUUAUAAUGGUGAACUAUCUGUUUGGUCACUUUGUCUAUCCGACCUGAAAAAAGAAUAUUCAGAUCUACUUGGUGAAUUAAAAAAAUCCGAUAAUGCUACAGAAAAUCAAGAUCGUUUAAAUGAAUUAAAAGAAAAAAUUGGCCAAGUCGAAGGAUAUCUUGCUAGUCCUGCAAAAAAUAUUAGUUAUCCAAAUAAUGUAACUUUUAUGAACUUUGUGGAUUUUUUAUUGGUACCUACUUUAGUUUAUGAAUUAGAGUAUCCAAGGACUGAAAAAAUUCGUCCUUGGUAUGUUUUCGAAAAAAUAGUAGCGACAUUUGGCACAUUCUUUUUGUUAUAUGUCAAUACUGAAGCAUAUAUAAUCCCUGUAUUACCAAACGUUUCAUCUUCGUUUCAUAACUCUAUUUUACAAAUGUUAUUUCCUUUCAUGGUUAAUUAUCUAUUAAUAUUUUAUAUUAUCUUUGAAUGUAUUUGUAAUGUUUUUGCCGAGUUGACAAGAUUCGCUGAUCGUAAUUUUUAUGAUGAUUGGUGGAACAGUACAACAUGGGAAGAAUUUGCUCGAAAAUGGAACAAACCAGUACAUCAUUUCCUAUUACGUCAUGUAUACCAAUAUUCCAUAGAAUCAUAUAAAUUAUCAAGGCGUGAUGCAACAUUUAUGACUUUCUUCUUAUCUAGUUUAAUUCAUGAAUUAGUGAUGGUAGUUGUAUCAAAAAAGAUUCGAAUGUAUUUAUUUUUCUUACAAAUGUUUCAAUUACCAUUAAUUGCAUUAAGUAGAUUACCAAUUAUGAAAGAAAGGAAAUGGCUUGGGAACGCUUUCUUUUGGUUUGGUUUGUUUUUAGGUCCACCUAUGUUGGCUAUAUUACAAACAUUUUUAUAG